GAACUGUUUGUCUGGACUGAGAGUAUUUGUCUAUCUCAUCAUUCAUUAUUAAAGUCUGUACAAUUGUGCCUCAUAUAGCGUUUAAUCAUUCCAUUCGAUUGACGGCCACUUGGACCUGGGCGUGCAUUUGUCUUACCAUUUGCCCCGGCUUGCAACAUCAACGGAUCGAUAAAACACCCGGGCUAUUUGAAAACGGUGGCCAGGGUCUGCAGCUUAUUGAUCCUGUGAUCGUAAUCGCCAUGACUACAAAUUAUUCGGAUCCGAAAUCCCUGGCUACUCUAACGGCUACAGUCAACCAAGCGCUCAUAGAGACUGGACGAUUCUUUCGAUCAUCUGGUUCGAUUCAAUCCAGAGCUCAGCUAAAACGGUCUAUUCCGGCCUCCCAUGAACAAUUUCAAUUUGCAUUGGAUGAUCUCUCGGAACAGAUUUUCCUUGCCAAGGCGUUUCUAGAGCGCGACUAUGAGGCAAUCCGAGCGACAAAGACAGAAAGCCAGGCAGCUCAAGAUGUGGCAAUGGGCGAAACAGGGGUGAAGCCGGAACCGGAAACUGGAGAGCAAGUGCCAGAAAAAGCAGAAAAGGAGGUCGAUAUCAAGACCGAACAAACUACAGAAGACGUGACUACGAACCCACCGGCACCAGCAGCCGCAGAACCGAGUCAACCCGACGAACCCGAUCAGCCUGUGAAGGUCGAAAAGCCAGGCGAAACUCCUGCGGUUCCAGACCAAUCAACCGCGGAAACCAAGUUUGACACCGGACAGAACGAGACAGCGGGAGGCGAAACGAAUGACUUUGAUCUUCAUUUAGACUUUGGCGAUGAUGAGAUCGAGAACCAGAACUUCCUCAAUAUGAACACGGGUGGUGGCGCGAACGAAACCGAUGAGUUUGGAAAUAGUAUCACGGCUGGGGGUGACGCAUUUGACUUGGAAUUUGAGAAAGCCGGUGCGGGUGCUGGAGGAGAGCAGCAGCAGCAGCAGCAGCAGCGACAACAGCAACAACAGCAACAACAGCAACAACAGCAACAACAGCAACAACAGCAACAACAGCAACAACAGCAACAACAGCAACAACAGCAACAACAGCCACAACAGCCACAACAGCCACAACAGCCACAAACAGGGACGGAUUCUCAGACCGGGGAACAAUCGGAGGAUAUCAUGGCGCCUGGAGAGUCCAGCUUUGAUGACCUGUUCAUGGGCAGUGGGGAAAUGGGCGAUCAGGGACUGCUGGAGGGGGAUGAACUGAUGAACAUUGAGGAGUUGGAUGACAACUGGUUUACAUGAUUGGUGUACCUGGCCAACGUUCAAUCUGAGACAUUUUGAUUGUCAAUGCUGUCAAUGCCACUGUACGAGUACGAGUACAUCGGAGUAUAGAGCCAAGAAAGGAAGAGAGGGAAAAUAAGUAAAAUAAAAACAAAACAGGCGCCCUACUAAUCCGAGGGGCCCGAGUCAUCGCCCCAGGUCCAGAACAACGGCAAUGAGGUCAUUUGAGCUGUCAGUCUGAUAAUGCAGGAAAGUCAUAAUGCGGAGGAAUAUCCACGCUUGCAUAUGCUAAUACAUCAUUGGGGUAUUAAUCUCUUCCUUCCGAGGAGAAGAACCGGUGAGCUCUGCCUAGAUAGACUAGUACAGUAGUAUAGAUUAUUCUCUCAAAUACGUACCCCUACUAUUACCGUGUUGAGAGAAUUGGGCCGAGGAUCCCCCGCAUACUAUAAGAGGCAAUUGGGAAGAGAGACAAACGCUGCAAACAGUUCCCAAUCUGCAUUGCCGGGAUAUCCGCAUUGGGG